UGCAUGCAAGGUGUUUGGUUUGGAUAGGUUUUUGGUAUACAUAUUUCAUUAAAAUUCUGCAAUACGGUUUAUCGAACUAGAUUGAUUGUGAAGUUUUACGUUAUGUGAUUAAUGUAGUUUUGUGUUAUGAGUGUAUAUUGUUUGGCCUUUCGGACAUAAAAUAUGUUAUUAGCGAUUGAAAUCUUCAUUCGUCACGUCAUUUCAUAAAUGGAAAAAAUCUGUCAAUAUCAUGCAUAUUGAUCAUAAUAUAAAAGACUAUCCGGGAAUACACGACUGCCUAGAACAAUAAACGAAAGAAUUGAAGAUGGAGAUGUUAUCAUCAGCUGCUCACGAUGACAGCUCGGGGGCCAACCCCAGCAGCGUGAAGAGCGACGACAGCAGCCCGCGGCACGAGGGCGGGCGCGGUUCCCCGCCUCCCAAUUGUGCCAUUUGCCUCGGCACCUGCAGGAACAAGUCCUUCACGGACUCCUGCCUUCAUCAAUUCUGUUUCAAAUGUCUAUUGACUUGGAGUAAAGUCAAAGCAGAGUGUCCCCUGUGCAAGCAGAACUUCAAGUCUAUCAUCCACAAUGUGCGCUCGAACCACCAGUAUGAUGAGUACUCUGUGGAACAACGCCACACAGAGGAGACUCCCCAGAGUAUUGACAUUGACAACAUUGCCAAUGCCACCCGGCGGUUUAGAUACAGGACGACGCUGACGCUGCCGCGGCGCGAGACGCUGGCCAUCCAGCAGCUGCUGCUGCACUACCCGCUGAUGGCGGACGUGUUCCCGCCGCCCGCGCCGCGCGCGCCGCCCGCGCGCCGCCGCCGCGAGCCCGCCGCCUUCCGCCGCACCGUGUACCGCCACAACCUGUGGGCGCGCCCGCUGCCAGACUUCACCGGACGGUUUAGGGACUGCACGCCCGAGUUCUACAGGUACAAUGAUUCACAACAGCACCGACUAGUGCCUUGGCUCAACAGAGAACUUCACUACUUACUCAAUGAAAAUAUCGGGCACAUCUCUUACGUGCUGACGCGUAUUUUAGAAUUGUUGCCGCAGUAUCACAUCAACUCGCCGGAAUUCAGAGAGGCAAUGCAGCGGUAUUUCGGAGACCGGACCGAGCACUUCCUACACGAGCUUUACUGCUUCGCGUCGACGCCGUACGACAUGACCGGCUACGAUCGCAACGUCCAGUACACCACGGACUCGAGGAUAUCGACGAUGGUCAACGAGGUGAUCUCGAGCUCGGACUCGGAGGCGAGCGUCGACUCGGACAUCGUGGUGGUGUCGAGCUCGGAGCCGGCCGAGCCACCGCCGGGCCCGUCCCGCCUGCCGGCGCCCGUCUACCCCCAGCAUUACAUCCCGCUGCCACCCGCCGACAACGUGAUAUCGAUCGAGACGUUAUCCCAGUCGGACACGGACGACGACUCGUCCGAAGUGAUGGUCGUCGGCUACAUAAAGCCACCGCAGGACCGGACGCCGGAGGUCGUGGACCUGCUCGGCUCCGACAGCGACGUGAUCGUCCAGGACACCGCGCAGCCGGAGCCGUCGCAGAGCGGCGAGAGCCAGGAGGCCCGGCCGCCGGUGCCGCCGGCACCGCUGGUGAAGCUGAGUCUCAAGCGGAUGCGGCCGCCCUCGGCCGGCGACUCGGACAGCGACGACGGCUCGUACCGGCCGCGCUCGGGCGCCGCCUCGGACAGCGAGGACGGCUCAUACCGGCCGCCGCCGCGCCGCCGCCGCCGCGCCCCGCGCCCCUGCCCCGCCACGCCGCCGCUGCCCGCGCGCGGCUGGCCCGACUCCGCGCCCGCCACGCCCUCCAUCUCCGCCUCCUCCCCCUCCUCCGCGACCCCUUCGCCGUCGCCCACCUCCUCCUCCUCCCUCGACGCGGAUAUGGACGACUUCUCCUCGUCGUCUUCCUCCUCCUCUGGCUCUUACGCGCGACGGAAAAAGGUGACGAAGAAGAAAGCGAAGCGGAAACCGCGCCGGGGGUCGAGCGCGGUGGACAAGGGGAAGAAGAGGAGUAAGAAACGCAAGUCACGGUCGCGGCACAGGGAGAGGAGCGCGUCGAAGACGGAAUCGCGGGACCGACGGAGUAAGCGGAAGUCGCAGUCGGGGAAGGGCGUGAAGUCUUCGAAGAAGAACAGCGAGCGUGAGGUUCCCGAUGAGCGCACGCUCACGCCGCCGCUGCCCGAACCGGCGCCGCCGCGCGAACCGCAGCCCGGCACCAGCGGCACUAACGGCGGCGGCGGCGGCACUAGCGGCGGCGAGGGCACCAGCGGCGGUGGCACUAGUGGCGGCGCCGGCACCAGCGGCGGUAGCGGCAGUGCGGGCGGCACGAGCCGACACGCCACGGACCGCGAACGACGCCGGAGGAGCCAUGAAAAUAAAAGACUGAAAAGUGUUGUCAAUGUUAUCAAACAUUCGAGUGAUUCAAAUCCGGGUUAUAAUUUUCUCGCGAGUGGAUCGUCGGUGAGUCCGAUUAGUAACGGAUUGAAACCCGAAACGGAGGAUGUGCCUCCUGUGAAGUCGGAAUUGGAAGACGCGAAUACCACGUUCAGUAACUCGGAAGCUACGGACUCUGAAGACAACCUGCCUUUGAAUUUAACUAUGCGUAGGAAUAAAUUAUCAAUUUUGUGAGGCAAAUGCUGGGCCUAUUAGAGCAAGAACGAUCUUGUUACUUUGGUGUGGAAAGUUAUGCAUUUAUUAGUUUUACAGGCAGGUUGAACGGAUGGUAUUAUUUGUGAUGAUUCUGAUAAUUUAUUUUGUGAAUAUAUUUAGCCGCUCGGCAGGACACUUAUGGAGCGAUACGCUGUGUAUAGUGAUAGCGUCGGAAGUUUGAUGUUCUAGCAUUAAACAACCAUGUACAGAAGUAGAACCAACUACUUAAAAUUUUAAGGUAUUGAGACAUGAUAGCUGGAUGGUUCAUAUAAUAUUGUUCUCUGUCACCAACCUUAUUGUUUACAGUUUGGUCGAAAGAGAGUAUGGAGGAAGUAUAUUUUUUAGUCUGGCAAUAUUUAUAAUAUUCUGCCUCUUGAUUGAGCGGCCGAGUUGUUGUCAUGUAAUACCAGUGUUGCCAAUUAUGUACAAAUACAACCCUUACAAAAUUUCUACUGUGUUUUUACCAAACUGUACUAUAAUUAUGUAAUUUAAAACCCCUUUUAUUGAAUAAUUGUAAAAGGAUUGCAUCACAUCCGGAAGAAAAUCACUUCACAAAUUGCAUGUUUAUUUUAUUAAUUCAAUUUUAAAUAGUUUUAUAUUAAAUACGGGUAUUUAAUAUGGAUAAAUCAUCAGCAUUAUUUAUCAAUUUUGUAAUCAAAUGUAAAAUUGCCAGUUGUUUUAGAAUCUACAAAUGUAAUGUAGUACCGCCAUCGUUGUAAUUGUAAUUAUAGCUAACAGUAAGUAAUAGUCAAUACAAAUAAUUUAGGCAUUAUGGAUUAUCUUGCGAACAUGAGUACUGGCGAAACCGAAGGCUUAAAAUAAAGAUGUCAUUAUAAAUUGAAAA